CCCACCCACUCACUCACACACUCACUCACUGUGAGAGCGAAAUCAAGGAACAAGAGGAAGAAUGAAGGACGCCGGAAAGAGCCACAAGGCGAACGGAAAGCCGUCGUCAGAGGCACGGAAGGACCGGAAGUCGGCGACGGGAAUGAGCGGAUCGCCGAAGAAAGGAGGCCAUGGCGGGAAGUUCACGUGGAUCGGCAACGGCUACGAUUCUGUCGAGAUCGCCAUGGAGCACGGCGCUAUGGACGCCAGGGACCCGAACUUCGAGGAUCCAGCGGAGAUCGCCGUCGCUGCCGUUUGACCGCGGUGGUUUCCGGUGGUCAGAUCUGUACAUAGUAAUUGCCGAGAGAGACGUGGUUUUCUAUUUCAAUAAUGUGAAGUAAAUCGGAAGAAAAGCGUUUUCGAGUGCGUUUUCUCUGAUUGAUUGCUAUAAAUCUGUCGUGUAUCGUAGUAGCAUGGCACCUUUGAUGUUGUUGUACAUAUAUGGUCCUUGAAGUGUAGCGUGCUCGCAUUCGCGAUUUCAUGCUUCCACGCUUCUGAUAACUGAUAACGAGAGUUUAAUAUCAAUUUUCUAGUUUAAGUGUUUCACUUCCGAGAAAACUGUGUUGUCACUUUUUGGGUAUGAUAUUUUGUUAGAACA